AUUGAAGGACCGGAUGAAUAUUUAUCACGUGCAACUUACAUUAAUAUGGAUUCACCGAAGUUAACUUCUGCAAGAUAUACAUCCGGGAAAAUUAAUGAUGAUAUUAAGAUCUUACUUCAAUGUACAUCACCACUGCUAUGGAGUUAUAAUAGUGCAGUGGUAGUUGCUGCUGCUACUGUACACUGGAUUAUGGCGCCAAUGGAGGAUGUCAAAAGGAUAGUUAAGCCGCUUUUGUUUGUCUUGCGAUCCUCUAAUGCCUCAAGAUACGUGCUGAUAAAUGUUGGGCAGAAGCAAGAUGCUCUGCAAGAACUUCACGAUCUUAUUACCUUGAAGAGAUCCCGAGCAUGGCAAAAUACCCUUGAGAGGAUUAUGUUCAAGUACAUUGAGCUAUGCGUUGAUAUGCGGAGGGGGAGAUUUGCCAAGGAUGGUCUGAUUGAGUAUCGCAUUGUAUGUCAACAAGUGAAUGUCACCUCUUUGGAGGAAGUGACGAAGCACUCCAUGCAAACCUUACAGGAGAAAGCAGAGCAGGCGCAAGAUUGAAAGUAUCUUUUCAUAUAUAUCGGGGAUAAGCUUUGCUUUAGCAUCUUUUGUGCCAUAAGUGCAGUUGGCCCAAUAUGUUCAUGGGGUUGCUUAAGCAGGUGCUUUAAAGUGCUCAAGAUUAUUUAUUCUCUCAUUAUGUGUACUAUAAAGAAAAAUAUUUAUGUCAUUCUUGUGGAAAAUGUAGAUGAAUGUAUUUCAUUUUCAUAUUAUUAUAAUAUUUUGAUGUUAUUAAGUGCUUAAUCAAUGUUAAAUAUAAAUUCCAAAAA